UAGAGCAAGCAAUAUUAUCUUUAAACUGUCCUCCAUUGAACCACUCAAUCUCUCCUUCUUUUCUAACACAAUUUGUUGAACCCUUGAGGUUGCAAGUAGCAUCAUAUUAAAGCUAGAGCCAGAGCAAGAUCUUCUUCAACAUUUGAACAUUCAUAUUGCACUUCAUCAUUCCUCCACAUACCUGAAAAUUUGCCAUGAUGAUUAAAGUAAUGUCCCUCUUGCUUUUUUGGUGCUUCACAUCGCAGACGGUAUCACUAAUAAUCCCUCGUCGCUAUGAGUCGAUUAUCAACUUUGGUAACUCGAUAAGUGACACCGGGAACUACCUUCUCAUGGGUGCGCCUGCAUAUCCAGCUGUGGGGAAGCUCCCUUAUGGUGAGACCUUCUUUAAGCAUCCGACUGGUCGUUUCUCCGACGGACGUCUAAUAGUUGAUUUCAUAGCAGAGGCAUUCGACCUACCAUCAUAUCUACCGCCAUAUCUAGGAGUGGCAAAUGGCUCUCAUGUCCGUAACAAUGGAGUCAAUUUUGCAGUGGCUGGCGCUACUGCACUUGACCCUGAAUUUUUCUAUGCUCAAAACAUUGGAUGGACACUAUGGACCAACAGCUCGCUAAACGUUCAGCUUGGUUGGUUCAAGAAGUUCAAGUCGUCUCUUUGCCACACAAAACACGAUUGUGAAGAGUACUUCAGGAAGACUCUAUUUCUUGUUGGGGAGAUUGGUGGAAACGACUACAACUUUCAGUUCUUAGCUGGUGCAACCAUCGAUCAGAUUCGACCGAUAGUACCACUUGUUGUUGGAGCCAUUGUCAAUGCCACCAGCAUGCUUAUUGAAGAAGGUGCGACAGAGCUCGUGGUGCCUGGGAAUUUCCCCUUGGGUUGCUCUGUGGUAUAUUUGGCUUUGGUUGAGAGCACUAAUCAGUCGGACUAUGAUCCAACAAAUGGGUGUCUCAAAGCUUACAAUUCCUUCAGCGAGUACCACAAUGAGCACCUCAAGCGAGAGCUUCAAGUGCUGCGGGAAAAGUAUCCCAAUGCAAGGAUUAUCUAUGCCGAUUACUACGGAGCAGCUAUACCUUUGUACCUUGCACCAAAACUCUAUGGUUUUUACGGAGGACCACGGAUAGCUUGUUGUGGAGGUGGCGGACCGUACAACUACGACUUAUCAGCUUGGUGUGGUGACCCUGGCUCGACCGCAUGCGAAAACCCUUCGGCUUUCGUGAAUUGGGACGGAAUUCACUUCACCGAGGCUGCUUACCGGUACAUAGCACAGGGUGUGCUCUGUGGUCCCCAUGCAUCUCCACCUCUCAUGCCCUGAUCAACUUCAAACAGCUCAGCUACAUGUUGCGUUGAUAAGCAUUGGACUUUUCACAUUCAGCGUGGUUAAUAUCUAUUACAUCUAUGUACUUAGAUUUCUAUAUUUAGCAAGUCUCACAUGUAAUUCGCAUGAUACAUGAGGAUUCACAUGUAUUGAACAUAAUUCACACGAAUUGUGCGGAUCAUGCAUGUAGUGGAACUGAAGCAUUCAUAAUUCACGAUGAGGCACAUAAGUA